CGAAACCUGAUUGCACUGCUAUCACAACUCUAGAUUCAACUUGCCGACAUCUGCCAUUUGCCAUUACAAAAAUAUGUUCUCUUAUACUCAACUAUCAAUCGUCAUGCUCGCGUUUACGUCUUGUAAUGGGGUGAUCGGAUCUACUUAUUCUUCAGCUGAUGAAGCCAGAGCUGCAUGUUGCAGUAUUGGUAGCUGCUCGUUUUCCUCCCAAAUGAUCAAUGGAGAUUGUUCCUAUACUUGCAACGGUCAAGCUGGAUUGUGCAGCGGCACUCCUUCCUACAUCAGCAGUGACUGUGCCCAGGGGUGUCCUUCUGGAUGGCUGAAUGAUGCGGUCUGUGAUGAUUCAUGCAAUAACGCAGCAUGUGAUUGGGAUCAGGGAGAUUGUCCGCAAUUUGCUUCGGACAUAAAGAAUGAAGUUCCUGAAGUCCAUUCAGCAUCAAAUGUUGCUUCCACCACAGGGAUCACUCCGGUAAAUGUGUACGGUUUUAGUGAUUUCUCGUGUGAUUCAGUCGAAUAUACAGACACGUUUGAUGGAAGCUGCUCUCAGCGUACAUAUGAUAAUCGUAUAGUAUAUGGACAGGCUGGGUGUAUCAACGACGACCCUUUUUUUAAGCUCUGUACCGACUCCGGAUGCACCGCUUGCGAAGAUGUUAACUUGGUUGGCAACGAUCAAUGUGGGACAGGAUUUGGUGUUUAUAAUAGUGCUCGAGCGACUUGUAAUGCAGCGUCCUCUACUAGCAUCAACCUCAUCGGUAUUGUGUUGGCCUUUGUGAUUUUGGCAAUGAUGAUGUUUUGAAAUAAAAAGUCAAGUACAAA